CGAGAGGAAACAUUGUUUGCUCUCCGUUUUCAGAGAGCACGGACGAUGACAAGGUGACGGCCUGGCACUGGGAGGAGGUCAAAGGCCCGCUGAGGGAGGAGAAAGUCUUGGCUGACACCAAGGUCCUCACCCUGACCAACCUGGUACCUGGAAACUACACUUUCAGUUUAACAGUGACAGACUCUGAUGGAGCCACUAACUCCACGCAGGCCACCCUCUCCGUCAACAAAGCCAAGGACUACCAGCCUGUGUCCAACGCCGGCCCCAACCAGGUUAUCCAGCUGCCGCGCAACUCCAUCACUCUGUACGGCAACCAGAGCACCGACGACCACGACUCUCUGUCCUACGAGUGGUCGCUCAGCCCCGAGAGCAAGGGCAAGGUGGUGGAGAUGCAGGGGGUCAGGACUCCUAUUCUGCAGCUGUCGGCCAUGCAGGAGGGGGACUACACCUUCCAGCUGACGGUGACGGACUCGUCGGGACAGCAGGACACUUCGCAUGUGACCGUCAUCGUGCAGCCAGAGAACAACAAAGCCCCGGUGGCCAACGCCGGCCCAGAGAAGGAGCUGACACUGCCUGUGGACAGAACCACGCUAGACGGAAGCAAAAGCAGUGACGACCAGAGGAUCGCCACCUACCGCUGGACGAAGACCAGUGGUCCUGAUGGUGUGAAGAUUGAGAAUGCAGACAGUGCUAUUGCCACAGUAACAGGCCUGGAGGUCGGCACGUACACGUUCACGCUGACGGUGACGGAUGAGCGGAACCUGGAGAACAGCAACACGGUGACGGUCAUCGUGAGGGAAGAGAAGGACCAACCACCGGUGGCCCGUGUCAUUUCCAGCCCACCCAUCUCUCUUCCCGUUCGGACCGCCUCUUUGGACGGGUCACAUUCCAUCGAUGACAAAGGUGGGAUCUCGUACCUGUGGACCCGAGACGACAGCAGCCCAGCAGCGGGGGAUGUCUUGAACAACUCUGACCACCAGGCGGUGCUGUUCCUGGGAAACAUGGUAGAGGGCAAGUACAGGUUCAGGUUGACCGUGACUGACAGCAAAGGACAGAGCAACUCUGACAGUGGAACGGUGGAGGUCAAAGCAGACCCGUGGGAGCGGGACCUGGUGGAGCUGGUGCUGGAGGUCCCAGUGAGCCAGGUCUCCCAGCGGCAGCGCGACCUGCUGCUCCGGCAGGUGGAGGUUCUCCUGGGUGUGCUCGACGGCGACAUCAUCGUCCGAGAGAUCAACGCCUUCAACGAGCACAGCACCCGGCUGGUCUUCCUGGUUUCGGCAGGGCCAGGGCGCCCCCCUCUGUCCGGACGCAGCGUUGCACUCGGACUGCGGAACAAACUGCGCAAGCAGAAGAACGACUUCCUGAUCUACAAAGCGCGACGCGUCGACACCGUCAUCUGCCAGCUGAACUGCUCCGGACACGGCGACUGCGACCCGUUCAGCCGGCGCUGCAUCUGCCACCCCUUCUGGAUGGAGAACUUCAUCCGAGCCCAGCUGGGAGACGCAGAGAGCAACUGUGAAUGGAGCGUGCUCUACGUGACUAUUGCAUCCUUCAUGAUUGUGGUUGCCACGGCGACGCUGGUCUGGGCCGUGUUUUGCUGCUGCAGCAGGCGGAAGAGCAGAGUCCGGCGAAGCAAAAGCCGAUACAAGAUCCUGGAAGCCGAGGAGCGGGACAGCCUGGAGCUGCAGCCGCCCCGAACCGCCCGGCUGAAACCCGUCACCACUCCCACCUCCUCGGCCCUCAUGCGCUCCGACUCAGACCUGGACAGCGAGGACGUGCAAGGCGGCGACCUGUGGACUGAGCAGGAGCGAGGGCAGCUGCUGCGGCCUCAGAACGGCUCCCUGAGGAACGGCCAGGGCCCCCCCAGGCCCAAGAAGCAGAGGGAGGAGCUGCUAUAGCAGGAGGAGCUGCCCCACCUCCACCCACACAUCACCCUAAGACCCCGCCUCUUCUGGCGGCCAUUUUAAACGACAGCCACCGAGCAUGCUCACGACCUGAAGCAGCCAAUCACUGCCACGGGCCGCUCUGACGGGUCAGUCCGACCCAGGGGAGCAGACUGACACAAGUCUGUGUGUGCGUUUGUGUGCGUGUUUGUUGAGAGCUGCUGUGCUUUUAUUCUGAAGGAAAAGGAGGAAGAACUGCUUCGUCUGCAGCCUCUGCGGUUCUGCUGGACUCUGACGGAGCGUUUGGUCUGUCGCUGAUGUCGGUUUUAAUUUAUUCUGCGUCGCUUAAGUUCAGCAGAAACAAACUUUUAAUCUGAGUUUGUUUUUUUAAGUUUCAGUUGCACCUUUGUGCUCAUUUGUCAUUUAAAGGAAAAUGUAACUUAUUUUGAAAUUCAGCAUUCAAACAAAGAAGGACCAGAGUUUCUGUCAGUUAAAGAUCUCUGACUGUAGUUUUUUUUUUUUUUAAUGUUUUCCUUUAAGCCGCAGAAGCUCAGAACCCUUCUUCACUUCAGGGUUCCAGCACAUUCCUGUGUGGAGACCUGACGGCAGCAGCGCCCAGCUUCCUGUCGGAGUGGAAACUGCUUCCUGUGCGCGUUUAACAGCAGAAGCGCUUAUCUGUAGCGCACUUGCACGCGGAAUGUGAAACCGACCCGCCGAUGAAUGUUGUUUGUUCUUUCUGCUCACGUCUGAUUUUAUUUAUUUCCACCUCUGCGUGAUUCUGAGUUGCAAAAAAAAAGCGUAAUUUCAUGUUUGUCUGUUUCACUGAAGUUCUGUAAUGUCGGUUCUGUUGCUGUUUGGGACGUGAACUGACCUCACUGUGAAGACGUGGACGAACUGCUGAGUUCUGGAUAUGUUUUUAUUGAAGGACUGUUACCUGAUCAGACCUGGAGCCACUUGAUCAUCUGUACAUUCAAAUAAAAGUGUUUUGAUUUUUGA